CUCCUCUGUCAAUAUUCAGCGUUAACUCUGCGUUCAGGUCAGACGGUCACAUGACGCUCCAGGUGAGACGCAGGUGUAAGAGGAGGCCUCGUGCACUGCAUGCAUUAUUCAGACGGAGGAAUCUGAUUGGCUGUUGCAUGUGCGUGUGUCUGCACCCCUGUCGCAUUCCGUCGGUUCGUCUGUCUUCUGAACACAGUCAUCCUCAGAGUCAAUCGUGUGGGUCAACAGAGUUCCGGAUCUGGUUGGAGCAGAAGAUGGUUUCUCCUGCGAUUGCUUUUGCUUUUCUUCCACUCUUACUCACGCUGAUCAUCCGUUACCGUUAUUAUUUCGUGCUGCUGUAUCGAGCCGUUCUGAUUCGCUGGGUGCGGGACUGUGUGACGGGCCUCACCCGAGAGGAGCGGGCGUAUCAAUACAUCCUAACCCACGCCACACCCGGAGACGUCCAGAGCAUCCUGGACACAUUCGACCAGUGGUGCAGCUCAGUGGAGUUCAUCAGCAACAUCGGACCCAAGAAAGGUAAGAUUCUGGACCGGCUGCUGCAGGAACACUGUCCCAUCACUGUGCUGGAACUGGGCACUCACUGCGGCUACAGCACGGUCCGCAUCGCUCGCUCGUUGCCCAUCGGCGCACGCAUUUACUCCGUCGAGAUGGACGAGGGAAACGCUAAGGUGGCUGAGAAAAUCAUCCGGCUGGCAGGUUUUGAUGAAGACAUGGUGGAGCUGAUCGUGCGUCCGUCGGAUGAGGUGAUCCCGCGUCUGCGUGAGGAUUUCGGCGUGGAGCGUCUGGAUCUGGUCUUCAUGGAUCACUGGAAGCGCUGUUACCUGCCGGACCUGCAACUGCUGGAGGGCAGCGGUCUGCUCGGUGAGGGCUCCAUCAUUCUGGCCGACAACGUCAUCUUCCCCGGAGCGCCCAAAUUCCUGAGACAUGCACGGUACUCGGGCCUGUACGAGGUCAGAGUUCACCGCGCCAUGCUGGAGUACAUGCGGGGCAUCCGCGACGGUAUGGCCGAGCUCACCUUCCUCGGGAUCAAGUAAAACACACGCUUGCAGGAUGUUAAUGUGACGCUAUUGAACUGUUCGUGCCAUGAACAUCGUUUAUAUGUAUGCAUCCGGCAGGUAUUUUAUCAGUCAAGACACACAUUUACAUUUGAUCGGCUCUUGCUUUCACUGGGAAUCGAACCCAUGACCUUAGUGUUGCUAGUGAUGUUUGAGCUACAGGAAAGACAUGAAACACUUGUGAUGUUUCAGGAUUUGUGAGCUCCACAUGUAAUUC